AUGGCCCAACAACCACUUUCCUCGUCGGUGCAGCCCACCGACAUCUACGGAGGAGAUGAGGUUUCCGCACUUGUUCUCGACCCCGGAUACUGCUCUACUCGGGCUGGAUUUGCUGGUGAAGAUGUCCCCAAGAGUAUCUUGCCAUCAUUCUACGGCCACGUAACAGGCGACAACUCCCGCGAUCUAUUUGGCGACGAGUGCCUCAUCCCUCGCGAGAACUACGAAGUCCGCAACUACAUGAACAAGGACAGCGUCGUGGAAGAUUGGGAUGUCGCAGCUCGAAUUUGGGAGAAUAUGCUUGUGAACCGUCUCCAACCAGAACGACAGACACCCCCCUCAAAGAACGGUCUUAACGACGAUCCCAGACCUGAAGGUCAAGAUGGAGAGGGCGAUAUAGCUAUGGACGAUGCCGAAGCCGAGUCAAUGGAGAAGCCCUUGGGCGAGAACCCUCUCCUAGUCACUGAAGCACCCUGGAACACACCCAAGGCCCGUGAGAAGGCUAUUGAGAUUAUCAUGGAGAACUGGGGCUGCCCUGCUUUCUGGAUGAGCCGAACCCCAGUAUUGGCAGCAUUUGCCGCUGGAAAGGCCACGUCACUGGUCAUCGAUGUUGGUGGUGCCAACACCUCAGUCACUGCUAUUCACGAUGGUAUGGUGCUGAAGCGCUCCAUCCAAAAGUCUCCUGUUGGUGGCAUCUGGCUCUCUUCUCAGAUUCGAUCUCUUUUCGAGACAUCAGAGCCCCAGGUCGAACUGACACCCACAUUCAUGAUCGAGAACAAGACACCAGUCGAUGCUCUAUCGUCCCCCUCAGUCCGACUACGAAACUUCCCCUACUCGAUUACCGAUUCUUUCCGCGCCUACGAAGAGGAGCGUGUGUUGACAGAAUUCAAGGAGUCUGUGGUAGAGGUUUGGCGCGGCCCCGGCCGUUACAGCGUCCCUGGCAAUGAGGAGUUUGUCAAGACACAACCAGGCCGUGUGUUUGAGAUGCCCGAUGGCUACAACCAAAUGUGGCGCGAGCAGCGAUUUCGGGUGACGGAGGGCAUGUGGGAUGAGAAUGCCGGGUAUCCCAUCCCCGAGGCUGACCGCCUCAACAAGACGCAAACCAUUCCUGAGCUCAUUCGCGCCGCGCUCAACGCAGUUGAUGUCGAUCUUCGGGGCAACCUACUCGCUAAUGUCGUUGUAACCGGCAGCACCAGCUUGAUCAACGGAUUUAACGACCGCCUGAACACCGAACUGAUGGCCAUGUACCCAGGCCUCAAGAUCAAGAUCCACGCCGCGGGUCUUACGAGCGAACGACGAUUCGGCGCUUGGAUUGGCGGCAGCAUCCUUGCCAGCUUGGGCACAUUCCACCAGAUGUGGAUUUCGCGAAAGGAGUACGAGGAGAACGGACCUAAUGUAGUUGAGAAGCGAUGCAAGUAA